CCAGCUUUUCCAUUCUCCCUUCUCACUCUCCUCUUUUUUUCUUGAGUAGCUGUAUUCCCCUCCCUCCCCUUCCCCCUCUCCUCUCCCUCUCUCUCUCUCCCUCUCCCUCUGUCUUGUCUCUGGUGUUUGUCUCUGGGAGGAUCAGGGGCUGCCUGCUUGGAGUUUGUGAUGGGGGGUGGAGGGGGAGGGGAGGGGUGUGUGGGAGGGAGGAGGGAAAGGGGGGUGUUCUCGCCAGGACCCCUCAGUCAACUUGAGAUUUGAGCAAUAACUUCCCCUUCGGGGCGCCCCCCUGCGUGCCCUUCCUAUUCCUCCUCUCCUCCCCCCAACCCCCCCCAAAAAAAGACAAUGGGAAAACCUUGUCUCCCCCCUCUUCCGCCCCUCUGCCCUGCACCCCUCCCCAGGAUAGAUUGGAAGUAAGUUUAUGAGCAGCCUCGGGAGCCUGGGCGCUGCUUAGUGCGGGCCGGAGCGGGUGACAGAGACAGCGCGCCGGGGGUGGUGGGGAGGGGGCGACACAUUGUCCGGGCGUGGGGGGGGGCGCGGGGGCCUGGGCUGCCCCCUCCCCAAUCCGGCUCCCCCUCGGCCCAGGGACGGUCGCCUGGCUCUUCCACCUACCCCUCCCCACACACACCCCGGGAUGCUGUUGGGGGGAAGUUUUUAUUAUGGUUAUUUAUUUAAUUAAAAAACAUUUUUUUUGGGAAAACCAUCUUGUUUGAUGACUGAGGGAUCUGGUUAAAAAAAAAAAAAAGCUGCGGCUGCUGACGCCCGCGGGGCCCGAGUGUGUGUGUGUGUGUGUGUGUGUGUGUGUGUGUGUGUGUGUGUUGGUGCAUUUGUCUUGGGUGGCCGGAGCAGCGUUGGGGAAAUUCCGCUUAUUCUUCUUCUUCUUCUGCAACUUGUUAUUCCGGAGAGUCUGCCUGCACCCCUCACCCCGGGGCCGGCCCUCCCGCAGUCGCCCCGGCCGCACGCAGCCCCCGGGGCGCCCCGGGACCCCAGUGCGGGCCGGGGGCGCCCAGGCCGCUCCGAAAGGGGCCGCGGCCGCCCCUCCCCCGCCCGCGCCCCCGCCGGGGGGAGGGGCGCGCGGAGUGGGACUCUUUCCGUUUGGUCCAGCCCCGCCGUGCACGCAGUUCCCAACACUUCUCGUCAUCCUCGCUCUCGGGGCUCUUUAUUCUGCUGAGCGGUGCUGUUAGGAUUUCUCUCUCUCUCCUCUCUCUCUCUCUUUUUUCCUCUGACCACGUUCGCGAUGGUGGGUAGCAGCAGCAAGGUGGCCCUGGCAGGGGAGGGGUUGGUCUCGAGAUUGGGCACCGGGCGGAGAAUGUCUCCUUUUCAACUUUGUCUGUGUGGCUUGCACCCCGGGAGGAGGCCACACGCCGGUUGUGGGUGUAGAUGUGCCGAGAGUGAUUUCUAAGUAGUUGAGUUGUUGAGAUGAGGGUAGGACUGCUAAUGGUAGGCAGGUUUUGUUUUCAUUGGUGAAUCCGGUGUCAUCAUAUUCCGGUCAUAUGUUGAAAUAUUCUUUGUUUAGGUCUUGAAGUAGAGGAUCUCACACUGCACGUCCACAUUGUGUUGUUUUUAAAUGAUGUCUCUGGGAGUGUGGGUUUCUAGAAUUUCAGAUGUGAGUGAAGGUCCGGACGUGUGUGGGCCUCAGCUCUGGCCUUGACAGUGAACUUUGUGGCUGUGUUUUGGAUUUCAAAGAUGUGCUCCAUAGCUGGGGUGCGAGUCUGCAUUUUUCUGAAUGGUAGGUGUCAGGAAUGUAGAUGCUUGGGGAAGUUAGAGAGGGAAGAACAUUUGUAUAUUAAUAAUUGAUAGCUGAAUAUUAGAAUCAGAUUAAUUUGGGCUGAUGAGAGUUGUUUUUUUUUUUAACAGUUGUGCAUUCUAGGAAGGCUUUCAUAGGCGUACUUUAUAAGGGGUUGCUUAGGGCAAGGAGCUGGGAUAUGGCCUUUUAGAGAGGCCCCUCAUCGCACCUACAUCUGCAGCUUUAUAGAGGUACAGGGGGCCGAAACAGGCUGUGAUGUGUAAGCAUAGUUUUCGGUGCUUAUGCUGUUUGUUUACAUUUAGUGUUCACUCAACGUUUGGGCAGUAGAAAUAAAUAGGUCAGCUUUUCCUUCGAUUUUUGAAAGCUAGCCCCCUCUUUUUCUUUCAAAGUUUCACAAUUUACUUGGUUUACAGCCUAGGAAACCAUCACUACAUUUUUACUGGAAAUACUAUUAUUCAUGUUAAUUUCGGGGGCUGGAGAGCUGAAGGAGAGCCAGUGUCCCCAAAAUUGGACUUCUCAGAACCUUUAAUAUGCUAAUGUGCAUUGUGAAUCUCCAAGAGGGGGAUAUGAUAUGCAGCAUUCUUGAAUACUUCUAAUGACAGGGAGCCCACUACCUCAUAAGUUGUUUCUUUUCUUAAUGUUGAAAAACUGCUCCAGCAAGUACAGGGAAGAUAAGAGAUUUGAGCUGCAGCAAGAAGAGUUUGUUAUUUUAAGCGGAGGCUGAAGAAACUAUAGAAUUUGCAGACAUAAGAGAAAGUGGAGAAGGUAGAGAAUGGAGUUGCAGACUCUCCAGGAGGCUCUUAAAGUGGAAAUUCAGGUUCAUCAGAAACUGGUUGCUCAAAUGAAGCAGGAUCCACAGAUAUUUUUUCUUUCCAAUCAGAAUGCUGACUUAAAGAAACAGCUUCAUGAACUCCAAGCCAAAAUCACAGCUUUGAGUGAGAAACAGAAAAGAGUAGUUGAACAGCUGCGGAAGAACCUGAUAGUGAAGCAAGAACAACCAGACAAGUUCCAAAUACAGCCAUUGCCACAAUCUGAAAACAAACUACAAACAGCACAGCAGCAACCACUCCAGCAACUGCAGCAACAGCAGCAGUACCACCACCACCACGCCCAGCAGCCAGCCGCAGCCUCGCCCACCCUGACUGCUUCACAGAAGACUGUAACUACAGCUUCUAUGAUUACCACAAAGACACUACCUCUCGUCUUGAAAGCAGCAACUGCGACCAUGCCUGCCUCUGUUGUGGGCCAGAGACCUACCAUUGCUAUGGUGACCGCCAUCAACAGUCAGAAGGCUGUGCUCAGCACUGAUGUGCAGAACACACCAGUCAACCUCCAGACGUCUAGUAAGGUCACUGGGCCUGGGGCAGAGGCUGUCCAAAUUGUGGCAAAAAACACAGUCACUCUGCAGGUUCAGGCAACACCUCCUCAGCCCAUCAAAGUUCCACAGUUUAUCCCUCCUCCUAGACUCACUCCACGUCCAAACUUCCUUCCACAGGUUCGACCCAAGCCUGUGGCCCAGAAUAACAUUCCCAUCGCCCCAGCACCUCCACCCAUGCUCGCAGCUCCUCAGCUUAUCCAGAGGCCUGUCAUGCUGACCAAGUUCACCCCCACAACCCUCCCCACAUCCCAGAAUUCCAUCCACCCUGUCCGGGUCGUCAAUGGGCAGACCGCAACCAUAGCCAAAACAUUCCCCAUGGCCCAACUCACCAGCAUUGUGAUAGCUACUCCAGGGACCAGGCUCGCUGGACCUCAGACUGUACAGCUUAGCAAGCCAAGCCUUGAAAAACAGACAGUUAAAUCCCACACAGAAACAGAUGAAAAACAGACAGAAAGCCGUACCAUCACCCCUCCUGCUGCACCCAAACCAAAACGGGAAGAAAACCCGCAGAAACUUGCCUUCAUGGUGUCCCUAGGGUUGGUAACACAUGACCAUCUAGAAGAAAUCCAAAGCAAGAGACAAGAGCGAAAAAGAAGAACAACAGCAAAUCCAGUGUACAGCGGAGCCGUCUUUGAGCCAGAGCGUAAGAAGAGUGCAGUCACCUACCUAAACAGCACAAUGCAUCCGGGGACCCGGAAGAGAGGUCGUCCUCCAAAAUACAAUGCAGUGCUGGGGUUUGGAGCCCUUACCCCAACAUCCCCCCCAUCCAGUCAUCCCGACUCCCCCGAAAGUGAAAAGACAGAGACCACAUUCACUUUCCCUCAACCUGUGCAGCCUGUGUCCCUGCCCAGCCCCACCUCCACAGACGGUGAUAUCCACGAGGAUUUUUGCAGUGUUUGCAGAAAAAGCGGCCAGUUGUUGAUGUGCGACACGUGUUCCCGUGUGUAUCACCUGGACUGCCUCGACCCGCCUCUGAAAACCAUCCCCAAGGGCAUGUGGAUCUGUCCCAGAUGUCAAGACCAGAUGCUGAAGAAAGAAGAAGCAAUCCCAUGGCCUGGAACUUUAGCAAUUGUGCAUUCCUAUAUUGCCUACAAAGCAGCUAAAGAAGAAGAGAAACAGAAGUUACUUAAAUGGAGUUCAGAUUUAAAACAAGAGCGAGAACAAUUAGAGCAGAAGGUGAAACAGCUCAGCAAUUCUAUAAGUAAAUGCAUGGAAAUGAAGAACACCAUCCUGGCCCGGCAGAAGGAGAUGCACAGCUCCUUGGAGAAGGUGAAACAGCUGAUCCGCCUCAUCCAUGGCAUCGACCUCUCCAAACCCGUAGACUCUGAGGCCGCUGUGGGGGCCAUCUCCAACGGCCCGGACUGCACCCCCCCUGCCAGCGCGCCCGCCUCCACGCCCGCCCCCUCCCCGUCGUCCUCCCAGAGCUGCACAGCGAACUGUACCCCGGGGGACGAGACUAAAUAACAGAGCCCUGAGGAGAAGCCACGGGAUCCCGGCGGCGAUGAGCGAGCAACACUGAAGACUCUCGAGAAGCAAAGCCGGAUCGCUUCUGGAAAGUACAGAAUUCUUUUGGUUCUUUGGUUCCAGAGAGAGAGAAGAUGCUUGUGCCAGGUGGCACCCGAGUUUGCCAAUUGAUCCUUCUUAUUCUGUGUGUACAUGCAAAGAUUGGACCAUGUUACAUGAAAUAGUGCCAGCUGGAGGUUCUUUGCCAGCACCAUGCCAAGUGAAAUAAUAUAUUUACUCUCUCUAUUAUACACCAGUGUGUGCCUGCAGCAGCCUCCACAGCCACGAUGGGUUUGUUUUCGUUUUGUUGGGUGGGAGCAGGGAUGGGCGGAGGGAGGAGAGCAGGUUUCAGACCCUUAUUUGCCAGCUGUUUGUCUAGGUAGAGAAGACAAGUCCAAAGAGUGUGGGCUUUCCUGUUUCUAAACUUUCACUACUACCAAACCAAAAAAGAGAAAAGGAAACCAAGAUCUAACCAACCCCAGUGCCCAGAAGAGGGACAGGGAGGGGGAGGGUGUGGUGGGAACCAGAUCCAUAAGCAGUAUUCGCAUUGUUGGGAGGGCCGCUGGGGCGUGGGGGGACACCAGGAAGGCCACCAGCUCUCCUCCCAGCUCUGCUCCUGCCUGGGUGCCUGACGCCCUCCCGGGCCCCUGUCCCCCCUCCCCCGCUUGGUGACCGUGCACCCCUAUGUGUGAGCCCCUCUGUCCCUGAGACCAAGGCAAGCGGGGGCCUUGCUGGCCUAGGCCGGGAAGAAGGAUGUGUGUGGUCCAGGAAGGAAAAAAGGUGAAUUGGUGAUUUUACUUGAAAACAAGCUCCAUCCCCUUUCUAUAUUUAUAAGGAGAGAAGACCCUGUGCGAAGCAGCGCGCGACCCAGGUGUGUGUGAACUGAGUGGAGAUGUUUCUGAACGCUUUCUUUUUUAAAUUUUUUUCUUUUUUUUUUUUUUUUCAAGAAACUUUUAUUUUGUGGUUUAUUUUACUUUUUUGGUAACAAAAACUAAACUAAGGAAUAGAAAAGCUGUUUUUCAGGCUGACAGUCCAGUUAAGGGUAGUCGAGACCGUGCAUGGUAGAGUAGGCGUCAUAGUGUCAGUGAGGUCAGUGAGUCUUUGUGAGUCCUGUGUCAUCGUUGGGGCACUGUUUUUUUAUGCAAGGGCAAAAAUCUUUGUAUCUGGGGGAAAAAACAAACUUUUUUUUAAUUAAAAAGGAAAAUAAAAGAUAUUGAGGUCUUCCUAGUGUUACUUAAAUUAAGAUCAAGGUAAGAAACAUUGUAAAAAAAUUACAAAAGUGCUAUUUGUUUCCUAAAAGCAGUGAUUUCUAUUAAAAAGGUGUCAGAACUGGAGAAAAUGCCGUGUAGUUAUAAUUUUUUAGCACAGAACCUGCUGAUCAUGAUGACAUUUUGCUGUGUUUGUGUCUCUGAGCUGGUGGGGCCAGUCCCCAGGCAGAGCGCGGGCUCCCGCCAUCCUCUUCCUCUUCCUCCUCCUCCUUCUCCUCCUCCUCCUCCUCCUUCUUUUCCUCCUCCUCCUCACAGACCGCCCUGCUUCCUGGUGCAGGGAUCCCGGCUCCUGUUUUUGAGUCCGGUUGGAGUGUGCGUGCUAUCAGGGUCCUCCCCCGGCCCCCGCAGUGUCUGCUAGAGCCAAGGCUGGUGCCUCAAUCCGAUCCUUCCUUUGGUGCUGCUCUCCGACUUUCAGCCACCAGCAUUCCGAGUGCCUGGGGUGCCUCUGAGAGGAAGGCCGGCCAGCGUCCUUGCUGCCCCUUGGAGGUGUGGUGCGGGCUGGCUGCAUCAGCCCUCGGUGCUUCGAGAGAACAGAGGAGGGAGCACUUGAGGGACAUUUGUGUCUGAGACGGAGCUGGGCGGCCUUGGGUCUGUCUUGCUGUGGAGAGGCAGAGGCUCUACCGCGUUCUCUGCCUGCCGGCUCCCAGCAUUGCCCACCUGCAGCUCCCUGGGCCCGAUUCGCUGUGCUUGCCUUGGCUUGGCCUGCUGUGGCCUUUUCCUCUUGGGUUCUGAAAGGCCCAGAUCCCCCCUCGGUCUUGCCCUAUGGGAGGUAAAUCCUGCUGGAAGCAUGUUCUCGCUGCAGCUCUUUGUCCACUGCGUGUCCCCGGCUGAAGGGACGGAAGCAGAAGCUCUGCCUGGGACUGGGCUGCUGUGACUCUUCCCAGUUGGCCCAGGCCUGUGCUGGCCAGAGUCUAGGUGUGGCAGAAAAGACCCCUUAGCUUCUCCCUCCCCCAGUCAGGCCUAGAGGGACAGACAGACAAGAGACGCAGGGAAGGGAAGCUUCUAGAGUCAACACACUCAUCCUUGCCAGGUGUGGAAAGACGGAUUUGGGUUUGGCGGCACAGGCCUAGGGCCAGGUCCUGGCUGCCGGGUCGGUUGAGGGGAACAGAGGAGCCCACUCUUCUCAUUCAGAAACCGAGGUGCUAUGUCUAGUCAGGGAGCCUUGGAGGUGCCCGGACUCGUCGGGACAAUCCCUGGCGGUGGAUCAGAGGCCAGCGGAGCUGCCUUAGAGUUCUGCUCUCCACGGACGUGUCUGGGCCCAUGAGCCGGGCUUGCCACACAGCACCGUCCUUUCUGGAAAGGAGCCUCUGCUCAGAGCGGGGUGUGGGCUGGGGGACCAGGCCAGAAAGCGACAGGUUUGCCUGCUUCUUUGAACACUGUCCACUACCUUCUGACCUUGCCUACAGCUCAGAUCAGAGUACGAAUCACAGCCCUGGCCCUGUCCUCCAUCCUGGGCCCAAAUUCCAGGAUACCAUGAUCCUGUCAAGCAAGCACCCCGGCCCCUGUCGAGCUGUCUCCUUCGUCCUUCACUCAGGAGGAACUCAGCUGUCCUUCAGAGUGCUGGGACACCCUGGACACAGGCCCACGACACCGCCCCACCUGUGCUGCCUGCUCCUCUCCUUCUGUCCCUUCUCGUGCUCUGACAGCCUCAGCUGUAAGCUAGGCUGGCUCUGCAUCCCUUCAGAGGCCUGGACUGGGAGUCCCCGGCUGUCCCAGAUAGGCGCAGCCCUGCCCUGGGGGCCGGAAGUCCGCUUUGCUGUGUCAUCCUCACUCACUGUCCUUGCUGCCUGCCUGCUUCCUCUGCCGGCCCAGCGCAGCCCUGGGGCGGGUGGGGGUGGCCACUGUACUGUGAGGUCCUGCUGCUGUCAUCCCGCCUUUUGAUCCUCACCUUUAUUUUGCAUUCCUGGCUCGCAGGUCCUUUGCUUCCAAGGAGCCUGCUGGGUCUUGCCUCACCCGCCCCCCCAUCCCACCAAGCUCAUCAGAUUCCAGAUUUCUUCCUUCCUUCUCAGGUCCUUGGGGACAAACCCAGCUAGGGGCAGUCCCUGUGGGCCUUCUCCGCGUGGCGCCUGUCUCUCCCGCCCGCUGCAGGGCUUGGGCAGCCUCGCACUGGCACUCCCUGGGUGGCUGCCUCCCUGCCCCUGCUGCUGCUUGGCUCAGGCCCAGGGGUGCUGCAGAUGGUGAGCUUAGGGUGCAGCACUGGCCCCUCGGUGCAGUACCACUGCCUGUCCGCCCCUUCGGAGCCCCCACGGGCUCCAGACCGCCCCAGCUGCACACUCAAUGUGGUCUCUUCCCUUUACCCCUUCUUGGGUGUGGUCUCACUUACCUAAAGGGCUGAACUUAGGAGAUUUCCACUGCAGGGGUGGACAGUGUCUAGGGUAACAGGAUGCGGUGGCCCAGGGACAUUUUCUAGGUCCCAGGUGCCCAGAUCGCGUAGCUUCUGUUGGAUGGAGACAGCUUUGCUCUGUGUAAAUGACUGGACCUCGCCCAACCCCUUAGCAGAGCACCCUUGGCAGGAAACAGGAGUCCCAUUCUCACCCUGACUUAAAUCUGUCCCUGAUUUAAGUUCUCUCCAAGGGAGUUGGUGGCCCCUGGCGAACUCCUCUGGCCUUCCCACUAGAAUGCAGGGGAGGAAGCUGGGGUUACCCCUCGAGAGCCAGGGCGCUCACGAAUAAUUCUUGACGGGGGGGGGCAGGGCUGGCGGGCUCUGCUGGGCGCUGUCCACGGCUCUUCCCCACCAGGGCUCCCCACCCUGUGCACCCACGCAGCCGUGGCCCCUGUACCUGUCGCCAGCGUCCUGGUUGCCAGCCCAGGGUGAGUUGCAGGCAGGCAGGCAGGCAGGGCAGGCCAGAGGUCAGCAAGCUCCCGAGCGGGAGAGCCAGCCAGAUCCUAAUCCUGUCUCUUGUCCAUGCCCUUUGUGAUUUCAGUCUUGGUAGAACUUGUAUUUGGAGUUUUGUGCUUCAAAGUUUUUGUUUGUUUGGUUUUUGUUUUGAGGGGGUGGGGGGGAUACAGAGCAGCUGAUCAAUUUGUAUUUAUUUAUUUUAACAUUUUACUAAAUAAAGCCAAAUAAAGUC